UAUCCCACCCUGCCUUGGUCCUAGGGCUCUGCUUGCCAAGCACGUCUACCCUGUUAGCCUUGGCCAGCACAAGCUGCCGUUCACCCAGUCAACCAUGUGGCUGGCCAUUCUGCUUGCCCUCUGCUGCCUGACUUCCGACUCCCAUGGGGCACACUCCCCAGACUUUUGUUGCAAAGAUUUGAACAUCAGUGUGAAGCCAGGAUUUCCCAAAAUAAUAAAGACCAAUGACUCAGAAGUGCUUAAGGCAGCCAGGCACAGUGUGGAAAAGUUCAACAACUCCACAAAUGACAUCUUCUUGUUCAAGGAGUCCCGGGUCAGCAAGGCCCUGGUACAGGUGGUGAAGGGUCUGAAAUACAUGCUGAACAUGGAAAUAGAUAGAACUACAUGCAGGAAGACCGCGCACCCCCAUCUGGACAACUGUGACUUCCAAACCAAUCCUGCCUUAAAGCGGAGAAAAAGCAAGAGCUGUGUGGGAAACUUCAACAUUUCAUAACUAUAGGUUCUACACUGCUACUCAGAAGUCUGGGUCAUCCCCUGGCUCCACAGUUUCGAGGUACCUGUUCUCCGCUGCCACUGACUUCUGCCUCUUCAGCAAGACCAGGGCUGUAAUAAACUCACACACAUGUGCCCCCUCCUCCUCACUUUCCACCCCAGCCUGGCCAUCCUAAAACUGCAGGGCCUUCUUCCCAAUGAGCAGAUGGAAGAGCAGGCUGGUCAUCAGGUGACCAGAAUGGGAGAUUGCAGUGCCCUCCUGGCCAGAUUAACUGUAUUCAUAUUUUCUUCUAAAGUCAACUCUCUGCUGGUACUGCACACCCAGAGUCAGGAUGCGGGCAUAGAGAGGCUCCUUUGAUGGCAUGACUGGAACAUGGGUAGAGCAAAGGAGACCGCCAACAAGGCAGAAGUGUGGGGGCUUCCUGAUACCUGACUGAACAGAUUCUGUAUCCAUCUCUU